AUGAUUUUCAAGAACACAACCGAGCAAAAGCCAUUAGUCGGUGAUCAAACAAUCUGUGGAGCAGCAACGGCAUCAUGUCCUGUGACUACCCUGGCCCUUGGCUACACCAGCACAGAGAAUGGGCCUGUCUUCGACUGCAUCACCCCUUGUGAGGACGCCACCGUGACGUUUGGGCGUAACGUCAUCACCGACAACAGUAGCGUCCACUCUGCAACUGACACUCCUCUUAGUUUCCGUCACCAUGGCAACGGAUACUAUUCUGCAUCUCUGAAUACAUCUUCACAUCAAUCUUACGGUGUAGUCUACUGCGCAGUGACAUCACAAGAUGACCAACGCUCAGUGGUACCUACGAUCUUUGUCAGAUCUGAUGCAAGGUUUAUUCCGACAAACGGUAGAUUUACCAAAACCGUCAACAAGGGUGAUGUGAACGUGACCAUAGAUUUCACGGAGAUUACUCCGACUGAAUCAGUCAAGAUCUGGAGGUUCCACCCAUCAUCGGAUUCCUCACAGUCAUCUCUUCUCAUCACCUCACCUUCCAAUGAAUCUUCGACAGUCUACACCAUCCCAGGAGAGGUAGACAUCUCCCAUGCUGGGGUCUAUGAGCUUCACCUGGAUGGCGAGAGGCACCUGUCUCGUGCAGGAUUGAUGAGACUCCUUGUUAGAGCUUGUCCUGCGGGUCGUUAUAACGUCUCGAGUGGGUGUGUUCAUACGUGUUCAUCGUGCUAUAAUGGAGGAAUAUGUCAUGACCUAACAGGAAAAUGUAUUUGUGCCAUAGGAUUUCGUGGAGAUAACUGUCAAAUUAUUGCUGGAUACAAAGGAUUGGACUGUUCAACAGAAUGUGACCAGGGAGAGUUUGGUGCAAGUUGUGGACAGAAAUGUCACUGUAUGUCAGGGGAGUGUGAUCCAUUUAGUGGGAUUUGUACCGGAGUAUCGGACGAUUGUGAACAGGGUUGGGCAGGUCUGAAUUGUCAAGCAUUUACCUUGGCGUACGAAAACCCCAACAGGGGAGAGUCCUCCCGGUUCUCUUGUAUCAUCGAAAGGACUGUAAAUCUAAUCUCUACAGCACAACCAGUCUUCGAGCUCUACAGAAAACUCGGCAAUCAAUCAUUCAACCAGAUAAACAUCACUCCUGAUAAAAACGGUGCAAAUAAUCGCAUUCAAGAAGCGAGAUUUUUGGUUGAUAAUGUGGUCAGACAGGAAGUGUUUUACUGCACUCUCUUCGAUGUCAGCCGCUACAGGACUGAGGAUCUGUUGGCUGAUGACCCUUUCAUUCCACCCGAGAUUCCGAGUCCGCCUAUUGUGAGCAGAUCGACCAAUGACUCCGUUUACCUGGUAUGGCACCCAUGGAAUGCUACAACGGAUGUGGGUGAUCCUCCUCUCAUGGGGUAUAGAGUCUUCUACAGGAUGACCAGUUCCCUGUCACAUGACUUUCAAGAACUGGUCAAGACUGAGCUCCCAGAACCAUCCGCAACAGUGGCUGGUCUAACUCCUGAUACGGACUAUGUAUUUGGUGUGGCAGCGGUGAGGCCUGGACCAGGUGGCCAAGGAACCAGACUGGAUGUUCGAGGUAGAACGAAGUGUUUAUCUCCUUCUGGAAUACCAAUGUCGUUUUCUAUUUCUCCAUCCAAACUUCCAGGAACCAUUCUACUCACGUGGCAGAAUCCGCCAUCUGCCAACGCCAAUUGUCGAAGCGGGUACACAGGUGUAAGGAUCUACUGGGAAGCCGUUAGAUCUGCGUCAACUCAUGCUGGAUACACAGACGCUCACAUUGGCGCGUCUGACGGUUACUCCUUGACUAUGCUGGAUGUCAAUACGAGGUAUGUGCUCUUUGCUUCUAUGAUGAACCGAGAUGGGGAAGGUCCAAGGAGUCAACAAUUAGAGUCUUUAGUUGCUAGAACGGGUGAGCACUCUUUUUUUUAUUUAAACAAAAAAAUACAAAUUUUAAUCUGA